AUAAGAAACUGUGUGUGUGUCUGCUAUAAGUAUGUGUGAGAGAGCGUAUAUAUAGGCACUUGAGGGAGCGCCGGUAAGUGUGAAAGUGUGAAGGUGGUUAGCGGUCAGAGAUGUCGUUAAAUGUGGAAAAUGUGAAAACAAAUGCUUUCGGCGACCAGAAGCCGGGAACAAGUGGUUUACGUAAAGCUGUCAAAGUUUUUCAGCAACCAAAUUAUACAGAAAAUUUUGUGCAGAGUAUUCUUAAUUCCCUGGGCGACAAACUACAAGGUUCCACGUUAAUCGUUGGAGGAGAUGGGAGGUAUUAUUGUAAAGAAGCUGUUGACAAGAUCAUCAAAAUCUGUGCAGCAAAUAAGGUUUCAAAGCUCUUUGUUGGACAAAAUGGUAUUUUAUCCACACCAGCAGUUUCUGCUCUCAUUAGGACACACAAAGCAACAGGGGCCAUUAUUCUCACUGCCAGUCACAACCCUGGGGGGCCAGAUAAGGAUUUUGGAAUAAAGUUCAACGUAUCAAAUGGAGGGCCAGCACCAGAUGGUGUAACAAAUGCAAUUUUUGAGCUUUCAAAAACUUUAAGCUCGUACAGUAUUGUCCCAAACUUGAAGGUUGACAUUUCAAAAUGUGGAAGUCAGGCUUUCACAGUUGACAACCAAAAGUUUGAAGUUGAAGUGAUAGAUUCUGUUGAGCAUUAUGUUACCUAUAUGAAAGAAAUUUUUGAUUUCUCUGCCUUGAGAGCACUGAUUAAAGGCGACAGUACUGGGAAGCCCUUCAGCAUUCUCAUCAACUGUUUACAUGGAGUUACUGGACCAUAUGCUAGCCAGAUAUUUGUAAAAGAACUUGGAGCACCUGCAGAUAGUGUAGUGAAUGCAGUUCCCUUAGAAGAUUUUGGUGGGCAUCAUCCUGAUCCUAAUCUUACUUAUGCUGCUGAUUUGGUGAAUGCUAUGAAAGCAGGAGAAUAUGAUUUUGGAGCUGCAUUUGAUGGUGAUGGGGACCGUAACAUGAUUCUUGGGAAAAAAGCAUGUUUUGUUACACCUUCAGACUCCCUUGCUGUAUUAGCUGCCAACUUAGAAUGUAUACCUUAUUUCAAGCGCACUGGUGUGAAGGGAUUUGCAAGAAGCAUGCCAACUGGAGCAGCGGUUGACAGAGUUGGCAAGAAGUUGGGUAAAGAUGUUUAUGAGGUCCCCACUGGUUGGAAGUACUUUGGUAACUUAAUGGAUGCUGGAAAACUGUCACUGUGUGGCGAAGAAAGCUUUGGGACAGGCUCAGACCACAUCCGUGAGAAGGAUGGGGUGUGGGCAGCUCUUGCCUGGCUUUCAGUUAUCGCAAAUUUAAAAAAAUCAGUAGAAGAGAUUCUAAAAGAUCACUGGGCAACAUAUGGACGAAACUAUUUUACUCGGUAUGAUUAUGAAAACUGUGAAAGUGAUCCUUGCAACAAAAUGAUGGCAGAAUUAGAAGCCCUGGUUACAUCUGGAGCCUUCAAGGGCAAAGAACUUUCCUCCAAUGGAAGGAAAUAUGUUGUCAAACUUGGUGACAAUUUUCAGUUCACUGAUUUAAUUGAUGGGAGUGUUGCAACCAAACAGGGAAUCCGUGUUCUUUUCGAGGAUGGGUCACGUAUAGUGUAUCGUCUUAGUGGUACUGGCAGUAGUGGUGCUACUGUUAGAGUGUAUAUUGAGAGCUAUGAGCCACAAGCAUACACAGAAGAGCCUCAGGUUGUCCUCAAGCCACUUAUCUCACUCGCUUUGGAGUUGGCUCGAUUGCAAGAAUUUACUGGACGUGACAAACCUACAGUUAUUACAUAAUUGAAAAUUAUUUGUUGAAGUUGUUUUUAUCAGUGAUGUAUGUUUGCAUGGAAUGUCUGUACAGUAAUAAAUAUCGUGUAUGCCGUUAUCAUAAAA